GAAUAGCCUUGACCAGUAUUAUUGGGACACUUGGAUUUGAGUGGUGAGUAGUGCUGUGAAUGGAGUGCAGAAUAGCAUUUCCGAUAGAAUAAACAGUCACUCUUUUAUUUUCCUUUAUUUUCCUUCAGGUGAGAUUGCUAGUGAAAAAAAGGGGGGCAUCUUUUGAUCAAAACCAAAGGAACAUUGAUUCUUUAGAUAAUUUAGGGGGAUUGUUUUGAUUGUUACUAGUUUCAUUUCCUUAACCAUCAGAUCUCAUUCUGGGUUUUACUCUUCUUCUUCUUUUUUGGUGUGUCAGAAUUUUGUUUAACUUCCUUUUUCCUUCCUUUUAUAUUCUUUAAUGGAUGCUUACAACUGCUAGGAAAAGAAAGAGAAAAGGAUUUCUUUAAUUUGAUCCCCUUUUUUAUGCAAUUAUUACUGAGAAUUGGGUUCUUGUUUUAUUCUGAAAAUAUUUGAUUUAUGUUGUUCUUGAGUCGGAUUAUACUUCUAAUCAGAAUUCAAUUGAUUGAAAUGAAAGAGUGGAUGUAAACAAGUUGUUGUUAUUGAUGAGGGUUUUGUUUUGUAAAGUCCAUUGUCCUUCUUUUAUCUGUUUCUGCAAACCCUCAUCACAUCUACUCACUCCUUGUCCAUUGAAAUUGGAAAACGGUUCAAAUGUUCCUACAACAACAGUAUGUUCAGUUCCUGAUUCAGUGGGGGAGAUAUGUAGUGAGAAGGUUGACGACCAGGAGGAAGUGGAGGACAAGGGAAGCUUAGAGGAAAGACAAAUUGAAAUUGAAAUUUUACCAAAAAGUAGUCUAAAGAAACCGAAUUCGGAACCUCGGAUACAAGUCGAAAAGGCUAGAGUUCAGUGGAUGGAUUUAUUAGGGAAAGAUUUAGUUGAGAUCAAGGAAUUUGAGCCCAGUGAGUCAGGAGAAUCAGAUGAUGACGACGAAAGUACUCGAGGCUGUGUUUGUGUUAUUCAGUGAGAUCCUAAUUUGGUUUACUACUCAAAGCAUUGCAUAUUCAUUGCUAGCAGCUGCAGCAGCUACAAAGCGAGACAACAUACACAUCUUCCAAGCACAACCUCAUGUACCAAUCUGCAAGAUGCACGGCGAUUCUCAAUGGAUGUAAGUAGAUGAUGAUCAGAAUUUAGUUUCUUUUCAGCAACUGCAGCGGUUGGAUUUGUGAGAUCUGCUGCGAAACUGGAGCUACUCGCCCGUUCAUUCUGCUGGCAGUUUGCCAUUCUCUCAUACUAACUUUUUCGAACUUUAAUUUUUCCACACUAAUGCCAAUGUUCUCUGUACAUGGCAGCAAUAAGAGCAUUUUGUUCGUGACUUUGAUGCCUUUGGUUUUCAAGAAACUUUACUUCGCUCGCCAAUAUAAUACAAAUAGAUUAUUGCUUCAAUCAUACUUGACCAUUCUUGUAACCAGUUCCAUAAAUUCUGCAAGUUCUUAAC